AUGACGACCCGCCAUCCGGAGUCCACUGAGGACUUCGAAUUCAUUGAAACCCCGGCGGCGCCUGAGCAGACCAAGCCUGCCUUCGACUGCGGUGUUCCAACCACCCUAUACCCGGCCAUCAAAAAUGCCCCCGUCCCUGCGGACUCGCCCGGCAGCGAUAGUUUCUCCAAUGGCUUGAUGAUCUUUCUCCUGAUCGUGGUGCCCUGGUACCUCGCUCGCCAGGUCGGCGGCGGUUUCUACACCACCAUCUUCUUUGCUAUCUUCACCACUGUCCCCACCGAGAAGGCCAAGUACUGUGGUCGCCCCGUCGAGCACUACCUGCAUUUCCACAGCGAGCAUGACCGUGCCACCUACCGUGGCAAGAGCAAGAUCCCCAUGGAGGUCUUCUACGAGAAGUACUUUAACGGCGAGGUUGACUUCAAGGGCGAUGCUCUGGAAGCUCUUGAGUACCGCCACGAUUGGGCCAACUUCAAGUUCACCAUGGGUCUCUUCAAGCACUUCCUGUUUGGUUUCAUCCCCGAGAUGCUUCUGCACACUCGUUCCCAGGACGAGGAGCAGGUCCGUGAUCACUACGACCGCGGUGACGAUUUCUACGCUUGGUUCCUUGGCCCCCGCAUGAUCUACACCUCUGGCAUUAUUAGCGACAUCAACAAGGAAGAGACCCUUGAAGAAUUGCAGGACAACAAGCUGGCUGUCGUCUGUGAGAAGAUUGGCAUCCAGUCCGGUGACAAGAUGCUUGACCUUGGCUGUGGCUGGGGUACUCUUGCCAAGUAUGCGUCCGUCCACUAUGGUGCUGAGGUCACUGGUAUCACCCUUGGCCGCAACCAGACCGCAUGGGGUAACAAUGGUCUCCGCAAGGCUGGCAUUGAGGAAUCCCAGAGUCGCAUUCUGUGCUCCGACUACCGUGAUGCUCCUCGUGUCGAGGGUGGCUACCAGAAGAUUACCUGUCUCGAGAUGGCUGAGCACGUUGGUGUUCGCCACUUCAGUUCUUUCCUCAGCCAGGUUUAUGAUAUGCUCGACGACGAUGGUGUCUUCUUCCUGCAGAUUGCUGGUCUCCGUAAGUCCUGGCAGUACGAGGACCUUAUCUGGGGUCUGUUCAUGAACAAAUACGUCUUCCCCGGUGCUGACGCUAGCACCCCCCUUGGCUUCGUUGUCGACCGUCUCGAGGGCGCCGGCUUUGAGAUCAAGGGCGUUGACACCAUUGGUGUCCACUAUUCCGCUACCCUCUGGCGCUGGUACCGGAACUGGAUGGGCAACCGCGACAAGGUUGAGGCCAAGUAUGGCAAGAGAUGGUUCCGCAUCUGGGAGUACUUCCUUGCUGCCUCCACCAUCACUUCCCGCCAGGGUGGUGCUACCUGCUGGCAGCUCACGCUCGUCAAGAACAUCAACUCCACCCAUCGUAUCGAUGGCAUCAACUCCCAAUUCGGUCUCACCGGAGCCCGCGAGGCCGCCAUCCAGCGUGCCAACGGCACUCUCCCUAAGGCCCACAUCAUCAAGAAGGACCUGUAG